AAAGGGAAAAACCACGGGAAAGAUUAAAAAAAGCAGAAAAACAGAAAAAAUAAGAGAAUUUAGCACACAUUGAUUUAUGUUCAGUCUCCCUAGUUCUUUUUCUGGAUGGCAUUUUCUGCUCAAAGCCUCUCGGGAUUGCUUUGAUCACUGAACCACUGAGAAGAACCAAACCCUUCAUAGCUGAUCAUCGCACAUUCCUGCUGUUAUUGUGCACAGUGUAUUUCUGGUUCUGCUUAUUGGAAGGGACUUUGGACGUCAUCUAGCUCAACCCUCUCAUUUCACAGAUGAGAAACUGAGAUCCAGCAAGGCAGAUGACCCGACCAAAGGCGCACAGAUGACAUGGCAGAGUCCGGCUUUGAAUGGGGUCCAAAUUCGGCGUUCUUUCCUCUGCCCAGAUCAAACCCAGCUCAUUUCAGAAGCAGGGAAACUGAGACGGGGCUAGGGGAGGGGCUUAUUCAAGGUUGCACUUCCAGUAGAGUCAGGACUGGAACCCAGGACUUCUGCCUUCCAGCCACGGCCCUUCCCAUUGCACCGCACUGCCCCUGACCCAGCGCGAUCUAAACCAACAGUCGGGAUUGCGCCGGCUGCGGGAGCGGGAGCGGUCAGCGCGAAGCCAGUCUGUGUCCGGGCCCCCUUCCCCGUCCGUCAGUCCCCUCCCCACAGGCUCCUGGAGGAGCUGGGUGGGGCCAAGAGCGCUUUAUAAAGGGGCUGCCGUGGCCGCUGAAGCAGCUCCUCCCGAGCAGAAGCAGAGCCCCGUUCGAGCCGGGAAGGGCGGCUGCGGACUCAGCCGGGAGCAAGUUCUGGAGGAGGGCGCCGGGCAGCAUCCGGACAGCUCCUCGGCGCGCCAUGGGCCUCCGCGGGCUGCUGGGGACCGUGCUGGUCACUCUGCUGGGCACCCUGGGAGCUGGCAAGAGCAGCGUGCCCCGCUUACAGCUCUCCUUCAGAGACCUCCUGGCCACUAACCGCUCCACCCUCUUCCUGGGCCCUCGGGGGAGAUUGGAUCUGAGGGCUCUGUAUCUGGAUGAAUAUCGGGACCGGCUGUUUCUGGGUGGACGGGACACCCUCUACUCCCUGAGACUGGACCACGCAGGGCCUGACCCCAAGGAGAUCUUGUGGCCUCCUCGGCCGGGCCAGAAGGAGGAAUGUAUCCUGAAGGGCAGAGACCCCCAGACCGAAUGCGCUAACUAUGUCCGAGUGCUGCACCCCUACAACAGAACCCACCUGCUGGCCUGCGGCACGGGAGCCUUCCAGCCCCUGUGCGCCCUCAUCGCCGUGGGCCAUCGGGGGGAGCACGCGUUCUCCCUGGAGCAGGCGAGCGUGGAAGGCGGGCGGGGCCGCUGCCCACACGAGCCCGACAGACCCUUCUCCAGCACCUUUGUGGGCGGAGAGCUGUACACGGGUCUCACCGCGGACUUCCUGGGCCGCGAGGCUGUGCUCUUCCGCAGCGGGGGCGCCCGGCCUGCCCUGCGCUCGGACACGGACCAGAGCCUCCUACACGACCCCAGGUUUGUGGGCGCCGCCCUCAUCCCCGACAACGCCGACCGGGACAACGACAAGGUCUACUUCUUCUUCUCGGAGGCGGCGGCCCUUCCGGACGGGGGCUCGGGCCAGGCCAUCGUCAGCCGCGUGGGCCGCAUCUGCGUGAACGACGCCGGGGGCCAGAGGGUCCUGGUGAACAAGUGGAGCACCUUUCUGAAGGCCAGGCUCGUCUGCUCCGUGCCCACCCCCGGGGGGGCCGACACCCACUUUGACCUGCUGGAGGACGUGUUCCUGCUGUGGACCAAGGAUGGCAAGAGUCCGGAGAUCUACGCCCUGUUCAGCACCGUCAGCGCCGUGUUCCAGGGCUUUGCUGUCUGUGUGUUCCGCAUGGCCGACGUCUGGGAGGUUUUCAACGGGCCCUUUGCGCACAGGGACGGCCCCCGGCACCAGUGGGGACCUUACGGGGGCAGGGUGCCCUUCCCUCGGCCUGGGGUGUGUCCCAGCAAGACCACGGCUCAGCCUGGCCGGCCCUUCGGCAGCACCAAGGACUACCCCGACGACGUGCUGCAAUUCGCCCGGGCCCACCCACUCAUGUUCCGCUCGGUGCUGCCCCGGCACGGGCGCCCCCUCCUUGUCAACCACCUGCCCUACCGGCUUCUCCAGAUUGUGGUGGACCGAGUGGAGGCUGAGGACGGGGCCUAUGAUGUCAUCUUCCUGGGCACAGAUGCAGGCUCCGUCCUCAAAGUCAUAGCUUUCCAGACUGGAAAGUCUGUGGAGCCCGAGGAGGUGAUCCUGGAAGAACUGCAGGUGUUUAAGGUACCCACGCCCAUCAUCGAGAUGGAGAUUUCUGUCAAAAGGCAAACGCUGUACGUGGGCUCCCCACUGGGCGUGGCCCAGCUCCGGCUGCACCAGUGUGAGGCGUAUGGGAACGCCUGCGCCGAGUGCUGCCUGGCCCGGGACCCCUACUGCGCCUGGGACGGCCACACCUGCGCCCGCUACCAGCCCAGCUCUGGCAAACGGCGCUUCCGACGGCAGGACAUCCGGCACGGCAACCCAGCGCUGCAGUGCCUGGGCCAGAGCCUCGGCGGGGAGGCCCCGGGGGGUGUGGAGGCCACGGUGGUGUACGGCACGGAGCACAACAGCACCUUCCUGGAGUGCCGGCCCAAGUCCCCACAGGCCGCUGUGCACUGGUUUGUGCAGAGGCCCAAGGACCAGCAGCCCGACCAGGUGAAGACAGAUGAGCGCAUCCUGCAGACGGAGCACGGGCUGCUCUUCCGGAGGCUCAGCCGCCUUGACGCGGGCACCUACUCGUGUAAGACCCUGGAGCACGGGUUUGCCCAGACGGUGGCCAGACUGGCCCUGGAGGUGAUCGGGGCCGAGCAGCUGGAGGGCCUGUUUCCCCGGGAGCCGGCGGAGGGGGAGGCCACCCCCAGGAGCCCGACCCGGGCCUGGUACAAAGACAUCCUCCAGCUCAUCGGCUACGCCAACCUGCCCCGGGUGGAGGAGUACUGCGAGCGCGUGUGGUGCGGCGACCGGUACCGGCGCAAGGGGAAACACAGCAAGGGCAAGAGCUGGCUGGGGACCGAGCUGGGAAAGAAGGCGAAGAGCCGAGCCCAGGGGGAGCGCAACCGGACCCCCCGGGAAGUGGAGGCUACAUAGGAGGGGGGCAGGUAGCUGGGACGGGGAGCAGGGUGCCCAGCUCUCCCGGAGGAAAGCCUCACUGGCCGGCUGGGGCAGGGUGUCCGGGGCCCAGACUGACCAUCCGGCCUAGCGCCUUCCUCUUGCAGGAAACUAAAAUCUCUGCCCCCCCAGAGCCUGACGGGCAGGAGUCCCGGGGCUGGAGAUCCCCAGGCUCCUGAGGCGGCCUGGGGGGCCUUUCCCCAAGCCUCUGUGCCACAGCCCGCGCCCCUUCCUGCCAGCGUCGCCAGGGACCGCCCGCGUCCCAGGAGGCCUGCUCAUGUUCCGCUGCCUUUGUUCUCCUUGGGAGGUGGGGUCUGCUUUUGCAAACGCAUUUCCAGCUGUGCCCAAAGAGGAGGGCGGCUUUCUUUUUCUUUCUCAGCCUGUGAAACAAUAGCCAUUCCUACAACUUUUAGGGUACCUGGGCCGGAGGGACCAGGCUCACGUUGAAGCGGCGGCAGGUGGGACGUGAGGCACUUUCCCUCAACGUCUGGGGGACGAGCAGUGAGGCUCAGAGCCAAGUAUUUCCAUUCUGGUUCAGGAUAGGAAAACUCCCAGCAGAGUUUCUGCUGACGGAGCCCAAUCUUCCUCAAGGUGGGUGGUGGGCGGUGGGAGAGUUUGUAGGCGAAGGAGGAGGAGAGAAGAGGAAUUUGUUUUGACUCAAGACCAGCCAUAUCAUUGAUUUAGAGCCAAAGGGGACCUCAAGGACCCCUAAUUCAAUCCCUCAUUUUAAAUAUGAGGUCCACAGAGAUUAAGUGAAUGACUCAAAACUAUAAAGGUAGGAAGUGACAGGUUUGAACCUUUGGAUCCAGAGCCAGCCAUUUUUUUCUAUGGUGCCACAUUGUCCCUGAUAGCCUAGCGCUGCCUUUUUCCCUGUAACCGAGGCUGUGGAAGAGAUGGGACACCUUUCAAUCCUAGCAUUCUAUGUUUUAAAACAGAGUCCAGGGACCCAUACUGCUCUCCACACCCCAUCUUUGCCCCUUGGGGAGUCCCAUUAGAAUGAAGCAACUGGUUUAUCUGAGGCACUGAGCCCUGUUUCCCUCUGACGAUUCCCUAAUUCCCUAAAUUAAUCUGCCACUUCAAGGGCUGUGGAAAUUCUGAGGAGCAGCAGCAGUGGGUCAGUAUUUUUUUUUAAAAGAGCUAAUGCAAUAUGAGGUUGCGUUAAUAGAAUUCAAGUGCCUAGCAGAAAGGAAAUCAAGGAAUAUAAUAGUCCUGCUGCCCUAUGCCCUGGUUAGUCAGCCUCUGGAAUACUGUGUUACAUUUUAGAAAAGACAUGGACAAGGGGGAGCAUGUGCAGAGGAAGAAUCUUGUUGCACAAAGAAUAGUUAAAGGAACUGGAGAUGUUAACCUGGAGACUUGGGGGCAGGGAUCUGGGACAAGGAAGAGAAGAAACAUGGGUCAUUGUCUUUAAAUAUUUGAAGAGCUGUCAUAUGGAAAAAGAAUUAGCCCUAUUAUGUGCAGCUCCAGAGGAUGGAAAUAAGAUCAAUGGGUGGAAGCACCAGGAAGAUGGAUUUCAGAUUUUUAAUUUGAUAAUAGACUGAUCCAACGAGAGAGUGGGCGGCCUAUCCAAGUAGCAAGCAGAAGAUCGUGUCAAAACUGUUGUCUGCAGGAUAGGAACGAUGAAUUGAAAAAUCUCCAAGCUGCCCAGAGCUUCCCCCUCCUAUUAUUGACAUUUCCUGGUUUUCUGAAAACAAUUUCCUUUUUUCUUCUUCAACUCCACCUCCCAUUCCCCCACUUAGAAUUUCUCUAAGUCCUGGCAUUGUUCUCUGUAAUAAUGACUGGUGUGAAGUCAGAAAAUCCAGGUUCUCCAUUCCCUAGCCCACAUGGAGAGGAUCAGAAACUCUUGGAAGAUCUGGAGGGUGUGGGGUAGGGAUAGAGUAGAGGGAAGGUAGGCCCUGGGACCGAGAGGAAGAGGGGGAGUAAUGAUAGAGAGAGAAGCUCUCUCUGAGCAUCAGAGUCCCAUCAGCUAGUCCAGAGUCUCCUCAGGAGCUUUGGGAGAAGCGAGGGAGCGCUAUGCUGAGUCUCCCACCUUCUGCUGGGCAGGGUUCUGGAGAGGAUUUGGGUGUGAGAACCAGCUUACAUAGGGUUUUUUUUUUUUUUUCCAGAAGAUGCUAAUUUAGAGAAAAAAGUUAGGAAUUCUAAAUCUUGGAACAAGAUGUCUGUGUCUGGGACAAAUGCUACAUAGAACCAUCCAGGGAAUAAUUCAGGGCUAGGAUUGGGGAGUGGGGGAGGAUUGAAUUGAAAAGAGCUCCCAUUCCGAGGAUGAACAAUUUAAGAGAUGCAGGAAAAGGGCAAAAUGGGGUGGGGGGAGGGAGGUGCCAUAAGUCUGACAUUGGGGUGGAGGGGAGUCUGCUCCUUUCUCUCAAACCCAUAUGUAGACUUCAUCUAUGUACUUUGACAUAGAAUCGAUCUGAAGGUGUGAGAUGAGAGCAGAGUUGAUUUUCCCCCCUUCCUGGGACUGCUGUGGAUGUGGGGGAGAGGGCAAGGAGACAGAGAAGGGAUGAAAGGGAAAGGAGAAAGUUUAAGAUGGGAAAUGGUGUUAUCCCAAGGCCUUCCUUGGGAUAAUGAGAAGGAGAGAGUGGGGCUACAGCAAUCAAUGAACAAUCCAGGUAUGAGCCAGGCCCCAGGUUAGCCCCAGCUUGGUCCCAGCACAUGUUCAUCUCAUCCAUUAGCUGGGUCAAGCCAAGAAGCAUUUAUUAAGUGUCUGUUCUAAUCGGGCAGGAGGAUAGCAGACAGGUCUUGGACACUGAACACAACAUUUAUAUGUGAUAAAAUGUCAGCCUUUUCUACCAGAUCUUGGUUUGGAAGCCUUUACUUUAAACAUACCAUAUUGUUUCACUUGUGAAUAAGCCCUGUAAAUAUAUCAUAUAUUUGAAUUUUAUUUUUCUAUGCUAGGUUCGAUCUUAUAUAUAGAAUAUGCUCUUUGCCAUUGGAGUGUGUUUCCUAUUUUUUUAUGAUAUAACUGUUAUUUAGUUCUCCAGAAGGAUGCCUACAGAAGACUGUUAUGUUAACCUCUGGGGAUGGGGAGGAGGUUAGUAGUAUUUAUAUUUUGGUUUUUGUGCAUUUACUGUUCUACCAGAGCUGACUCUUCCUGCUUCGGUGGCCCAUGGAUGGAGAAUCGUAUUCUCCAGCCUAGGACAGGGGAAGCUAAUAAGAGUUGGCUCGAGGUUUGCAAGGAAAAAGGAGACGAAUGCUUUGUUUGUGGGAAACUAAGAUUGUUUAUUAAACUGGGAAAACCCA